ACAACAACUCAUGGAACAUUACCAGUCAUUAGUUCUUGCAUACUGUUCUAGUGAUUAUUUUGCCUGCUACUUUCACCGCCUACUUUUAUACAACUCGUAUCUAAAAAUGCGGUUUGAUUUCUUCAAUCUAGAUGUCGGCACGCCACGGACAGCCACGGUUGGUUUCUGGUUUACAGCAAGCUCCGCCCUAAUAUUGACGGUCAAGUGCUAACUUUAAGUCUGUUUAUGGUUUAUUGUAUUUACUGUGUGCGAUAUAUGAAAACGGUCAUUAUUAUUGCUCUAUAAAGUGUGCCAUCCUGUGAAAAGCCUCUGACAGAAAUUAAGCUGGGAAUUGCUUGAAUUUGGAGGACAAGUUUAAUUAUGCUUUUCACAAAACUGGCUAACAGAGUGGGAAGGCUGUCCCGGGUGACAGCAUGGCAAAAAUUAUUGAUCCCGCUGAGUCAGCACGAAUUCCCACACCAUUACAGUACCUCUUUGGCACGAAAAAAGAGUACAUCUUUCAGCUACAUCAUUGUAGGUGGGGGCUCUGCUGGGUGUGUGCUGGCCAACCGGCUCUCUGAAAAUGCAGAUAAUUCUGUGCUCCUCCUGGAAGCUGGGCCCAAGGACUUGGUUCUUAACAGCACUCGCCUGUCCUGGAAGAUCCACAUGCCCGCGGCACUGGUGUACAACCUGUGUGAUGACCGUUACAACUGGUUCUAUCACACCAGGCCCCAGAAGCACAUGGAUGGACGGGUGAUGUACUGGCCCCGUGGCCGGGUUUGGGGUGGGUCAUCUUCCCUUAAUGCCAUGGUCUACAUCCGAGGCCACGCCGAGGAUUACAAUCGCUGGCAGCGAGAGGGAGCUGUUGGCUGGGACUAUGAGCACUGCCUCCCUUACUUCAGGAAGGCCCAGACGCAUGAACUGGGAGCAAACCAGUACCGAGGAGGAAACGGUCCACUCCACGUUUCGCGUGGGAAGACGAACCACCCACUGCACCGUGCUUUCAUUGAGGCUGGCGAGCAGGCCGGGUACCCCUUCACUGAUGACAUGAAUGGCUAUCAGCAGGAGGGACUGGGAUGGAUGGACAUGACAGUCUAUAAAGGUAAGAGAUGGAGCACCGCCAGUGCCUACCUACGCCCCGCUUUGUCCAGGGCCAACCUGAAGACAGAGGUCAGGUCUCUGACCACAAAGGUCAUUUUUGAAGGAACCAAAGCUGUGGGUGUUGAAUACGUGCAGAAUGGAGAAAGGAAGAAGGUCUAUGCAGACAAAGAGGUCAUUCUGAGUGGAGGCGCUAUCAACUCCCCUCAGCUCCUCAUGCUUUCUGGGGUCGGUAACGGGGACGACCUCAAAAAACUGGACAUUCCAGUGGUCUCACAUCUCCCAGGAGUUGGCAGUAAUCUCCAGGACCACCUGGAGCUGUACGUGCAGCAGGAGUGCAUUCAGCCCAUCACUCUCUACAAGGCCCAGCAGCCCUUCCACAUGAUCAAGAUUGGCCUGGAAUGGCUACUUAAAUACACAGGAUACGGUGCCACAGCACACUUGGAGAGUGGAGGUUUUAUUAGGAGUCGCCCGGGUGUCACUCACCCAGACAUCCAGUUUCACUUUCUUCCCUCCCAAGUCAUAGACCAUGGCCGGGUCAACCCCAAAUUAGAAGCCUACCAAGUUCACGUUGGCCCAAUGCGAAGCACCAGUACUGGAUGGUUAAAACUCCAGAGCACUAAUCCCCUGGAACAUCCAAUCAUUGAGCCCAAUUACAUGUCCACAGAUCUGGAUGUCUGGGAGUUCAGAGAGUCUGUGAAGCUCUCCAGGGAGAUUUUUGCCCAGCAUGCCUUUGACACGUUUCGUGGACGGGAGGUACAGCCUGGGAGUCAGAUCCAAUCAGACAAAGAGAUAGACGCCUUUGUGAGGCAGAAGGCUGACAGCGCGUACCACCCGUCGUGCACAUGUAAGAUGGGCCAGCCCUCAGACCCUAUGGCCGUGGUGGACCCAGACACACGGGUUCUAGGGGUGGAGAACCUGCGUGUGGUGGAUGCCUCCAUCAUGCCCAGUGUGGUGAGCGGCAACCUCAAUGCCCCCACCAUCAUGAUAGCGGAGAAAGCUGCUGACAUCAUUAAGGGUCUACCACCGCUGCGGGACCAUAAUGUCCCAGUGUACCAACCCCCCACUCUGGAGACCCAGCGGUGAGUUCCCACCCUGCUUAUGACUCGAUCCUGGUGAUCUCCAACCCUACAGACCAGCCUCUGACCCCACAGAAAUAACAAGACCACCUGUCUUGAAAAUUCAGGGUUGUCAUUCUGGGAACAUCAAAAACAUAAAAUGGUAUCUGUAAAAAAUUUUUCAUAUGAUCUUGAAUGAUGCAUUUUUUAAAUUAACAAAACAACCCCAUUUCUUUGAUUACUGUUAUUUGGUAUGCCUUCUGAAUUCUUGUAGAAAUAUGUUGAAAUGUAAAGUACUUAGCUACUACUAUUUCAUUUUACAUGACUAGAUUUUUGUAUAACAAGUUAAAGUAAUUGAUAAGAUUUAUGUUACUUUUUUAAGUACAUUUAACUUUUGAUUUGAUGUCUGUGAUGUCUGUAAUGUAAAUCCUUAAGGAUUCAUGAUUGUCUUAAUGAAAAAAAGUUUUACAAUUAAGCACUUUAAGUUUCUCCAAGAUUUAUAAAUAUUAGUAUUGUAGAAAAGAUAAAAUAAUCUCAGUUUUAUGCAUACUGUUCAUGUUUAUGAUGCAGAAAAGUCUAUCAAACACUAAAGUAGUCACAGCAUGUGUAUGUGUGUGUCAGUUAUUUACAGAACAUUCAAUAUUUCAAUGUUUUUACAGUCCCUUGCAAAAAUUAUCCAUCAUUCUGAUUUUUUAACGAUGCAGGGAUUACAAGCACCUUUUUUGAACAGUACCUUCCAACUUUUGGGUAUGCAAAGCAUUCUUAUGAACUAUAUGCACCAAGUUGAAUUUGAGAUUCAUAGUGUUACUUUAUUUAGUAGUAAUCAUUAGAAAAUAAGUUGGAAGUAUUCCAUUCUGAUUCCAGGCCAAAAUUAAAGGAAAAAGCAAACAUACAAAAAAUGUUCUCAUUGUUAUAAAAUCUAGUGGGUACUAAGUGAUUUGGUAUGAAAAGAAAUGGUGUUUACUGAAUAAAAACCUUACAGGAUAUACAAAGGAUUUUCAAGUAGAAUUACCACAGGUUUUUAGCUUCAUAUUUUAUACAUAUUUUACAUUUCUGUCCAUAUAUCUCAAUUCAUAUUUAAUAACAGUAAUAACAAAUAAUAUAUCUGUGAUGAAAAAUGACUGAUUGGGUGUUUCUUUGUAAACUCUUAUAUAGUUUGCAAUUAUAUUUUUAUUUUUUAACCCACAACAAUGGUUGUAAUACAGGAAUAAAGGCCAGUUGUCCUUGUA